CUUUUUAACCUGCAGGAUUUUUCAUCUACUGUACAGCUUCUAUAUGUUUCUUACCUUCUGCCACAAAACAGGGAAGAAGAUUUAACCAGACAAGGGAAAAAGGCUUUAAUUUCAGCAAAAGGUAUGGAUGUAGAACACGGGUUCUAUCGGCAUGUGGACGUCCCGGACCAUGUUCACUACAUCGUCGCCUUCUUUGUCUUAGUGAUUGGAACAGUGGGAGUUACUGGGAAUGCCUUGGUCAUGUAUGCUUUUUCCUGUGACAAGAAGCUUCGAACCCCUCCCAACUUCUUCAUCAUGAACCUGGCCAUCAGUGACUUCCUGAUGGCAAUCACACAGUCACCAAUCUUUUUUGUUAACUCUCUCUAUAAGGGCUGGAUCUUUGGGGAAGCAGGCUGUAAAAUAUAUGCCUUCUGUGGGGCUUUAUUUGGAAUCGCCUCGAUGAUAAACCUUCUAGCUAUCUCUAUAGACCGCUAUAUAGUCAUCACCAAGCCUUUGCAGUCCAUAGGGUGGACAUCAGCAAAACGUACUUGCCUCAUAAUUGCCCUGGUGUGGGUUUAUUCACUUGCCUGGAGCCUUGCACCACUUUUGGGGUGGAGUUCCUAUAUACCUGAGGGCCUGAUGACCUCUUGUACAUGGGACUAUGUGACAUCUACGCCAGCCAAUAAAAGUUACACUUUGAUGUUGUGCUGCUUCGUAUUCUUCAUCCCUCUCGGCAUCAUAUCCUACUGUUAUCUGUGCAUGUUCCUGGCAAUCCGUCAUGCAAGCAGAGAUGUGGAGCAGUUUGGGUCUCAGGUGAGAAAGUCAACCCUGAUCCAACAGCAGUCGAUCAGGACUGAAUGGAAGUUGGCAAAGAUUGCCUUUGUGGUCAUCAUAGUGUUUGUACUUUCCUGGUCACCCUAUGCUUGUGUUACUCUCAUCGCCUGGGCUGGAUAUGCAAACAUUCUCAAUCCAUACUCCAAAGCUGUCCCUGCUGUUAUAGCAAAGGCAUCCGCCAUCUACAACCCAUUCAUCUACGCAAUUACGCACUCCAAAUACAGGGACAUCCUAGCAGAGAGGGUACCCUGUCUACACUUCCUCUCCCAUGCCCCUAGAAGGGAUUGCAUGUCAAAUAGCAAGUCCUCCAUCAGGGACUCAGUGCUUAGCCGGCAGUCAUCUGUCUCCAAGUCACAGUUUCAAAGAGUUUCCUCCAUUACUACAACAGACACAAUUUGCAGUGAUGUUGAGCUGGACUCCAUGGAUCAGAGUCAUUGUCUUAAGAUCAGUUAUUCCCCUGGAGGUCUACGGGAAAACGAACAUGAUUCUUCACCUAAACUGUCCAAGGAAAUGGAAAGUCUGAGUCAGGAAAAGACUGCUAUUCCAGAGCAAACUGAAGUGAAAAAUGCAUCCUCAGUAUAUCACAUCAGUUUAUCAACAGAAUAGAUGUUCUUGGCUUGGAGGAGAACCUUGGAAGCUAAACCAAACAGAGAAAGCAGGACGAUGAAUGGAGGAUUUCAACACUGACUCACAGCAGCUACAGAAAGAGAAAAACAAGGAUAUGUUGCAGGUUCUACAAACUGCACAAUAAUGUAUUUCUUUCCCCUUGAGUGGUCAGAUCCAACAAAAAAAGCCUGCCGUACCAUGGGUAAUAGGAAGAUUACAGGAACAACCUGAUAGUUUGUUUACAACCUCAGGACUGCUCUGCUCAGCAAAUAAAGACUACAAAUAUUUCUAAAACACAAGUUUGGACACAACAGUUUAUUCCAAACUGAUUAAAUACAUGUUUCUGGACGACUGGGACUGUAGGUGUUACUGAAACACAACGAAUAAAGUAAAACACCUUUUCACCAAAGACACUAACAGGAUCUGGAUCUGUGAAAACCUUCAUCUUAUCAUUUUAUUAUGUGUACUUAAAAAUAAACUCUUUUGUUCCUUGUGAAAUCAUGUGCACUGAAAGAAAAUAUAUAUAUUCAUGGUUUCUCUCUAUACAUUUCCCAUGUUCAACCUCAUCACACAAAGAAAAAUAUGCAACCUACAUUUUUAGAGAUUCGAAAGAACCAAGUUCAAAAUAAUUUAUCAUGUUUAUAUCUAAUUAAUAUGAGCAAUCCAGAGAUGUCACAAAUCCAAAGUUUGUGAAAGAAAGAUUAUCCUGAAUACAAACUUACAUUCCUAAUUUAAAUUAGGGCUAAAAUCAGCCCUUAGGAAACUUCCCUUACUUAUUGGAGCUGCUGGUAAAGGUGUGUGAAAAUUCUUAAAUAUAAGUUUUUCUUUGUACAUAUUGCUGUGACUGUGGUUCAGUAGGAAGAGUUGUC